AUGGGGCGGUAGGAGGCACCCGAUACCGGUGCCCCAGAGCAAUGGGCGAAGGCGGGAGGCAGGAGAAGGCGGGGAGCUACAGGUCUGACUUCCUCUUCGACUGACACCCCGGGUGAGCGGCAACGGCGGCAGGGCACCCCGGAGCCAUGGGGUGCGCGCGCGACGCCAUCCAGGAGGCUCUGGAGAACCUGACCGCUGAUGAGCUCAAGAGGUUCAAGAUGAAGCUGCUUUCGGUGCCGCUGCGCGACGGCUACGGGCGCAUCCCACGGGGGACGCUGCUGUCCCUGGACGCCAUGGACCUCACAGACAAGCUGGUCAGCUUUUACCUGGAGGGGUACGGCGCCGAGCUCACAGCGACCGUGCUGCGGGACAUAGGCAUGAAGGAGCUGGCCCUGCGGCUGCAGGAAGUCAUGGGCCAGGGCGCUGGAGACGUACCAGCUGGGAUCCAGCCCUCUUCCCAGGCGGUAGGCAUGCCAGCGCUGCACUUCGUGGACCAGCACCGGGCUGCCCUCAUCUCGCGGGUCACAGAUGUGGAUGGGGUGCUGGAUGCCCUGCACAGAAGGGUCCUGACGGAGGAGCAGUACCAGGCAGUGCGCGCCGAGCCCACCAAUCCCACCAAGAUGAGGAAGCUCUUCAGCUUUGCCCCAGCCUGGAAUGCGGCCUGCAAGGACCUGCUCCUUCAGGCCCUGAGGGACAGCCAGCCCUACCUGGUAGCCGACCUGGAGAGGAGCUGAGCCGUCCUCCCAGCCGCUGCUGUACUGCCAAGGGGGUGGUGCAUACGUCUUUUCGAUACACAAUAUAUGUAAGAAACCAG